AUGGACGACACAGACAUGACAGAUGUCGCCUACGACAUUGAAAUUGAUGUUGGACCAAACGUUGAGCCCGUAGCGCAACAACAGCCACAACAAGUUGCUCAGAACAACAUAGCAGAGCCCGAAGGCAGCAUACCUGCAGCUUAUCUGGAAGAUAUUGUGAUUCACGAGCCAUGGCCCGAGUCGAUAAACCUCCAAGGUGUAAGCGACUUCGACCCCAACGACCCAUUGUACUGGGCCAUGGAGCAUUGCCAGUCAGAACCACGCGUCAAGCAACUGCGCUGGGUCAACGACAACUCGGUCAACCUUGAAUACUACACAAAGGAAGAUGCUGCGCUGGCCUUGAACUUGCUCACGCAUCCCGAUACCGGUGAUACCAGCAACCUUUCUCUGCAAGCGCCUCGCAAGGCAAAGCCAUACUCGAAGAAGCCAAACAGCGUUCUUUCCGUCAGACAGUCCAAUGCUGGAGAUCAGAAGCCAAGGGGUGCGGCAACGAGAAGCAACUAUUAUCAGCGCAACCCAGAUGUUGCAGGAAAUCGUCAGAGGGAGCCGCGACGAAGGCAACCCCCUAAGAAGGACUUUUUAGACUAUGGAGACGAAGAGAUGGGGUCCCGCGAGCGCAGCCGGAGGAGAGACAGUGGAGAUGAGUCUAUGGGAGACUCGGGCGUUGACCGAAGGGGCCCGCGGAGAAAUGGACGAGACACCCGCAAUGAGCGUGAUAAUCGCGGUCGAGGUAGAGGAGACCGCCAAUCUGCUGGCAGGUUCCGAAGCGACAACCAAGGCAAAGACGUCGACUCUUACAGGCCAGGUUCGAGAAGUCCAAAAGAACCACGCUUUGGCCGUCUACGAGGGCGCAGCGCCUCCCCCGCCUCAGACGAAGAAGGCGACGGUCGAUUUGGAUUCGCAGAGGACGCAACGCACGCAGGCCGCAGCCGGUACCGUAGCCGCAGCCCUGGUCACAACAACCGACGUCGGCGUGAAGCUAGCGCUGACCGAUGGACACAUGACCGCGCAAACUAUGAUCGUGCUGGAGGAACUACAAGCGGGGGUCGAUGGCAAAAGGACGCCUUCUUCGUGGACACUUCGCCCAUGGGCAAUCACCACCGGUCGAAUGCAAUUGACGUGAAGCGAGGAAGUGGCGCAUCGCUGCUCUCACGCAUGACAAAGGAUGGCCAACCUGUAGCCCCACAGCACAAGCGCUCUCUCGCUGAUAGAAUCACGCGCGACGAUGAUGACGACUCGGAAGGGGGAUAUGGACGACUGAAGAACGAUUACCGUGACCCUAACGUCACCGACUUCUCUGAGCCAGCCCGGCCUCGUCGCGGUCUCGCAGAUCGCAUAUCUCGCGAUACUGAUAUGAGUAUCCGCGGACAGGGACGAUCGCACAGCCAAGAAGGCAUCAACAUUCGUGGUUCCGCUGAGCGUUCCGCAGGUGGAAUUAAUAUACGGGGUGUAGCCAGUGGUGCUUAG